AUGGGGACUUGUGCACAAUGCAAUUAAAAGAAUGAAAUUAUUGAGAGUGAUACUUUAAUAUCAAAAGAAAGUGUAUUCUAUAAAUUAAAAGAACUAAAUCAAAAUUCAAAAUCAACAAUUUUUUUUACAAUGAGAAGUAAUAAAAAGAUUGGUAAUGAUAAUUUGGGUGAUCAAUCUUCCUAGGUUAGUGAGAUUAACGAUGAAAGAUCAGAGAUGAAAAAUAUACAUGGUAGUGUAAAAUUAAGGAAGAGAAUAUAUAGCUUUUAAGAAUAACAAAUUUUGUAGACUCAUUGUCACACCAAUGAUUAAAAUGAUUCUGCUAAACUUAGAUGUUUUAGAUUUACAGAUCCAAAUCUCCCAAGAAAUUUAUCAAAUUCAUCAAGUUCAAAUAGUCAAUUUAGAGAAUUUAAUGCACAUUUCAAAAUUUGUGAUAAAUCAAUUAUUGAAUCUGAUGAAAGCAAAUCUAUAAAAAGUAUUUUAAAAAAAGAGCCAAGAUAAAAGAGUGAAACAAAAUCAGUUCAUUUUGCAAAAAAUAUUAGUAUGAGUUAAACAAGAAUUAAAUCUAAAUCAUGUCAUCAUAAAUAACAUAAAAAGAAAAAGAAAAAACUACAAAAAUAAAUUUACAAUUAAAAUUAAAGAUUUGAAAAUUAUUAAUUUUGA